AUGGUUCAAAACUCGGGAAAGAAGUCCAAGCAAUGGCUUAACUCCAUUAUCGCUUUCUUCAUUCUGAUUGAUUCGAGCUUGGUGCAACCACGUCAGACUCACAGCCCUGCUUUUGUGUUAAGCAACGCUGAUGCGGAUUCGAAAAAUACCCCAGUGAUUGGUACCACUAUGUAUCACAACUCGUCGCUAAACACUAGGAGUCUUGCUGCCAGGGCUGGUUCGGCCGUUCCGGUGUACACUACCUGCAGCACACCUGGAUCAUUUUCACUCACUUUUGAUGAUGGGCCUUCCGAAUUUAGUUCAAGGUUGGAUGCAACAUUGGAUGGCUCCAAUUCCAAAGCAACUUUCUUCAUCAACGGGAAUAACAUUGGUUGUAUCUACGAUUACGCAGGGGUUCUAGUUGAAAGGUUUAACAAAGGACACUUGAUUGCGAGCCAUACUUGGUCUCAUGUCCAUUUAAAUCAAGGGGAUUACCAACAAAUAUCCUAUCAACUGGAAUUAAUUGAGACGGCUAUGGUAAAAAUCUUAGGUGUUAAACCACUAUAUUUUAGACCUCCUUAUGGGGAAUACAACGACCUUGUGUUACAAGUUUUGCAAGACAGAGGGUACAAAGGAUUAAUUAUGUGGUCACAAGAUUCAGCAGACAGUUUAGAAGCACCUCCGAGCUCUUCUGAAAUCAUUGAAAGUUAUCGCUCUUACCCGGAACAAACCAACGUAUUAAAUCAUGAAACGAAAUCCUUCACUGUCGAUGAAGUUGUACCAGGUGUCAUCCCAAUUCUGAAGGGCAAAGGAUUCAAUUUACAAACGUUUCCUGAUUGCUCGAAUCUAGGCUCCAAUCCUAGUGAUUGGUAUGUGUCGGUUCAACAACCCGGAUCCAGGGAUGAAACCUGGACUUGUAGCGGUACCCCGUUACCUGGUAGCUUUACAUAG